AUGGAAGCAGUUGAAAAGCUCAUUGAAAAAAAAUUAAGUGAGGAAAGAAGAAGACAAUGCAUUAUUAGAUUCCAACAACUCCAAAAAACUGGUGAUGAUUAUUUUGUUUUGGCUGAAGAGUAUUUCAAAAGAAAUGGUAAUAAAAAUGUAAAUGAUUCUAUAAUAUCAAAUGAAAUCAAAUCAAUGUCAAAUGAAACACUUUCAUCAUCUCUUCAAUUCCAAUUAAUUUUAUAUCGUGAUAAAAUUACUGAUGGUUUGCUCUACUUUGGAGAAGAAAGUGAAUUGAUUAACACCAUUGGUUUAUAUAUUUUAACCGCUGCUCAAUAUCUAUGUAUUCAAAGAGAUUGUGUAUUUUAUGGUAAACAAUGGGGUUUCAGUGAUUUUGAUGUAAAUGAUGCCAGAUCAAGAUUACAUUCUUAUUCAAUUGACUUUAUAAAAAAGGUAAUUAAAGGUGGAUGGAUGCUUUCACGUCAUUCCUAUGGUGAAGAAGCUUCACCAUAUCUUGGAUACUUUUUUCCACCCUAUUUUGAUGCAGCUAAAGUGUUCAGAAGUGCAGACUUCACCUAUUAUCCAGUCAGAGCAUUUUCCUACAGAAGAACUCCUCCAAAUAUUACUUAUGAAGUUGAUGACUCCAAAGGAUCACAUUUAAUCGGGCCAAAUACUUUAAACGGUUGGACAAUAUUAACCCCUAGUUUAACAGGUGGAUUCAAUGGUAUUUCAGCAACAGGAUUCAUUUUACAAAACACAUUGAUUGUAAAAUUCCCAAGUGCAAAAUCAAGAACAUUCAAAGUCAAAUUUCAUCAUAGAAUAGUUCAUGAAGCUAAUUGGACCGUAAAAGCUGGAAAUGUAGUUGAAAACUUUGUUUUUAAAGAAGGUACUGAAACUGAAAAAAGAAAUCCAUACUUUGUUUAUAAUGAAGAUUAUAAUAAUCCACCCUAUGGUGUAAAUGUAACUAAAGCAAUAACAGUUUCCUCUCAAGAAGUUUCAUUUACAUCAAAUAGAUCAAAUGGUGCUGGUAAUAAAACCGGAUAUAGUGCUGGAUCAAUUCUCUAUUUAAUUGAAAUUAUUUUCGAUUAA